AUGUUUAAACUACAAGAAAAGGAGAAUGGAGCACUUGCUCUGCAAUCUUUGCUCAAUAGAAGAACCUCCUCUCAAAGGGGAGUUUCAUAUCCAAGCUUGUUAAUUGACUUGCUCAACUCUCAAGUCAUUGAGCUAGUUCAAGAACAUGUCGCUUGUUACACCAAUUGGUGGGAUGGUGACCCUUAUAAACGUGAACAACCUAUCGGUUUUAUGCAGUUAGAUGGAGAGAACAAGGAAUUCAUGGUGUUAGGAAGGCUGUCUUUCCAAGGUCUUGGCAUGUAUAGGUCACUUGAGGAUCGUUGGACUGAGAUCGAGACGACAUCUGGUCCUUUUCCAGAUGGGAUUACGUCGUUUAACGGACAAUUUUAUGUCAUUGAUACUGUUGGCGUCACGAAAGUGGUCAAGCCAACUCUAGAGUUGAAUUCGUUUCAGCCAUCAAAGACUUGCGAUAAGACAAGGAGACGUUGGUUUGUCAAGGCUGAGGACAAACUCCUACUAGUAGAGAUGUGCACCGACAACUUAGAAGAGUAUCGGAGACCACAUCUUCUAGCCGAAAAAGGAUGGUUCAAAGUAUCGGAGUUAAAUGAGGAGAGCAACGACUGGAUUGAAACAGAAGAUGCGGGUGAUCGCAUCUUGUUUCUGGACAACAACUGCUCCUUCUCUUGCUUUCCUAAUCAGGUUCCUGGUUUCAGACCCAACUCUAUAAUCUUCAAGGAUAUUUUUGGACAUUAUGGACCUCAGGUGUUUGAAUUUGGUUUUCAAGGCUUUAGAUCUCUUGGAGAGAUCCCUGAGUAUUGUCUGUUUUUCCCAUCUCCCUCAUGGAUAUCGAACGUGUACUACGUAUCGGGCCACGAGACCCAAGAUGUGCUUAGCGAUUAG